GGUCGUGUGCUGUAAUUGCGAAAGUAAGUGGUUCUCGUGAGAUUAUUCGAUGUGUUUUGUGAGGGUUGAUCUGACAUAUGUACUGUAGACUCUGAUUAAUGAUGUGUGACUGAAAUUGUAGGUUCUGGACUUGAAAUUGAAGAAUUCCCUGGGAAUUCUUACUGAUAUUGCAUGACUGCAUUUGAAUUUUCAGUAACUUCAGGUCUAUAUCCACUUAGGUACGUCAUUGCUUUCGACCAUUGUAUUGUUGCAUGAACUGAGAUUUUGGUCUCUAUUGCAUUCUUCAUUGUGAACUGUAUUCAGUUGUAAGUUAUUAACGUGUUAGUUGUGAUCAGAUUUUGAUUCAUUUGGAAGCAUUCUGGUCUACGACCGCCCUAACUUGAUGAACAAUAAGUUCUACCCAUCUAUAGUAGUAAGGAUUUUAAAAACUAAUUUUCACCUUAUCCUCGUUACCACCUUUAUAGAUGAAAUUUUCGAUGAUUAACGAGACAUUUUUGAUUGUUGAAAUAAAUGGUUAAAAUGCCGGUCGAUAGAUGACCCCAAUAAUAUGUUGUGGUCGAGUGAUAGAUCCUCACAAAACCAUAUUAUCGACUUAAGUUUCUGGACAGUUCAAAAUCGAAAACAAUAUCACUAGUCAAAUGAAUAGGUUUUUAUGGAAUAAAAUAAAGUGUUUCUAUGAUGAAUAUGAACGCAAAACAAACAUGACCAAAUGUUAUAGGUGAUUAGGAGAAAUCAACCGAUAGAUCAUUCAUUCUCCAGUCAAUUAAGACUUGAUUGUUGUUUAUAAAAAUUCCAGAUUAGGGAAAUCAUUGAAACCAAUUAACUUGUUGACCUUGAGUACUAGAUAAGUGCGCACUGGUAUUUUUGUUCACUUUUCCCCGCUGUGUUGCAGUAGUGUGGCAAUCGGAACCGAUGUACAUUUGUAUCAGGUCUUACAUUUUUUAUAGGUGAAUAACUAAAUUGGAAUAUUUUACUAGCAAAGCUAGUUACUUAAUAAGUAUCCGAUAAAUACUCUUCAGUGAUAGUUCUUAGAUCGAUUCAUUUUUUAAACAAAAGCAAACUAAUAAACAGCAUAUUACUUUUCAAAAACCUUUGCUUAUAGUACUAAAACCUUUCUCGUAAUAAUCCUCUUUCUCUCUGGCUAUAGAUUAAAUUUCAAGAUGUGUUUAAUAAAGCGUGAACUUAAGAAUUGUGUGGGUUAUCUUAAGAAACGUAAUGAUGUAAUUUUCCUCGGAACAAAAGUGAAUCCUACUGUUAAUUUGGUUUAUUUUGGAGGUGAUGUACAGGAUUACGAAUAUAAUAUGAGUCAAAAUAAUUUUAAUAAUCAGUAUAUUAGAUGGAAUUUGGAAGAUACUGCCCAAAUUUUGUAUGUACGAUUUACUAAUCACUUUCGUGACUCUAAUCCCCAUGUGUGGAUUAUUCGUGCUUCACAUUGGAUAUCUAAUUCAAUAGCUUGUUAUGUUAAUUUCAUGCCUUUUACGAAAUCUGGUGUUCCAUUAUUUGAAAAUGACGAUAUCUGUAAAAUGACAGGAAUGAUGCAUUUAAGUUGUUUGCUGUCAAAUGCAGCUAAACAGUUGUUAAAUUGUGAAGCUAAUAUACAGUGUCAAAUAUCUACUAUCCCUAUAAGACUGAUUGGUUUUAGCAAAGGUUGUUGUGUUUUGACAGAGAUAUUAUAUGAAUUUUCAGUAUUAUCCCGCUCCAAAAAAUUACCCACUGAUUCCGUGAAAAGUGUUCCUGCACAAGUAUUGGGACUUUCUCAAAUCAUAACAGACUUUUACUGGCUUGAUUCUGGACAUUCAGGUACACAUCAUCAGUGGCCAGUUUCGCUUAACUACCUAUCUUUGCUGAACCCCGUCUCAUGUCCCAGAAUACAUGUCCAUGCAUCUCCCUAUCAGAUAAUGAACCAGCUAAAACCUCAAAAAUCUAAUGAUUUUUAUAAAUUUCUGGAUAUUUUAUCUCACUUGAAUUUGCCUUUUAAAAAGCAAUUGCAUUUUAUGCCUGUUGAUCAUGAAAAUUCAGAAUCACCGUUUACCAAUUUGAGAUCAAAAAAUGAGAUGAUCUGUUCAUUAGACUAUCAUUUCGAGAUUUUGAACCACUUUAUGUUUUGA